ACUCCAGCAGCUCGCCUCAAUGGGCUUCUGAGUUUCACAUCUUUUCUUCUUCUUCUGUUUUUUUUUUUUUCCCUCUGCUGACUUUCUUAUUAAAAGCAGAAGGUCAGCGCGCAGAGAGGAUGAGGUGAUGCCGCCAAGGUCACUCAUCUAUGCUGGACAGUCUAGUCUUUUAGAAGGAACUCUAAGAAAGCGUUCAACUGGAUUUUUUUUUCUUUUACGUACAUCUUUAAAGUAAUACUUAUCAUAUUUUUGGUCGUCUGAGAUCCGCCUCCCCCGUCGCCGGGCGGUGCGUCUUCGCUGCGCCGACAUGUGCGCGCUGCUGCCGGCGUGGCUGUGGCUGCUGCUCGGCUUCCUGCCUCUGGAGAUCCAGUCCCGGGCUCUGACCCUGCAGAGCCUCACUCACAGACACAGGUUGGGUUUACCCAGACCGACCAAAUACCCAAAGUCUUCUCACGCCGCCAUCAUGCCUACUGCGUCUGAUGUCCCUGUUGCCAUUAGCAACCACCUCACCCGGGGCGACAGACACGUCGUCUGGAGGGCCCGGUUCCACAAAGAGCCCCCAUCGAGGUUGUCUGAUCAGCUGCUUGACCAAAGCGACGGCGUGCUACAGGAACCGCCGGCCUGGCAGCGCGGGUCACGGGGUCGUCGCCAUGCCAACGGCAGCGGCGGGAGAUCCCACGGACAUCUGAUGAGGGUGGGGUGUGUCCUGGGCACCUGUCAGGUUCAAAACCUCAGCCAUCGUCUCUACCAGCUGAUUGGACAGAGCGGGAGGGAAGACUCCUCCCCCAUUAACCCUCGCAGCCCUCACAGCUUCGGAUAAGACUGCACCGCAAAUCUGUAGCAAGAUGCCUUCAUCAACUAAUGUUGGAAAGUUAGCCAGGUCUGUUGUUGAACGAGCAAGGCCGAAUAAGCCUUUGGUGUCCUUGCAACCAUUAAAAUUAAUCUGGGGCUGUCCUGCAUCUGAAGCGUCGAAGCUUCGGUGAGAAUUUCCCACUAAUAUUCGAAGCUUUGACAUUCACACUAUACUUAUUUUCUUUACCUAUUUACUUGUCUUUAAGUGUCAUUUUGAGUCUAAUGAGGAGAAGACAUUGGCCACUGUCUAUUCCAUCCCCGCAUUUAAAGUCCAAUAGGUCCACAUGACAAGGGUGCCAGUUUUGUCGCCGCUGGGAGGGUCAAACUCCGGCUUUUCACAGCCCCGUGCCCACAGGACAGCUUUCAGAUGGUUCUCUGCUCAUUCUGUG